GAAGAAGAAGAAGAAGAAGAGAUUCGGCUGAAGAAAGAAACACUCCCGCUGAAGCGACUGAGAUCCUCGUGACACACUGUGGUGAAGAUGGCGCUUGUUAAAGAGGAGAGUGAAGACUUCAGGAUUGAAGAAGUGUUCAGUCUGAAAGACACUGAGGAACAAGCAGACCUGCUGGUGCUGAAAGAGGAGAAUCAAGAUCCGAAUGAAAUGGAACAGACAGAUCAGUAUGAGAAACACCAUGAUGUCAUAACUGGUGAAAAGGCCACACAGACUAAAACGACUUCCAAACGAAAAAGAGCUCAGAAAACCAAAUCUAACAGCCAUUUCACCUGCCGUCAUUGUGGGAGGAGUUUCGGUGAAAAACAAAAACUUCAAAUGCACGUGAAAGUUCACAAUGGAGAGAGGCCAUUCCCCUGCCAAGAGUGUGGAAAGAGCUUCACUCAACAAGGAGCCCUUAAAAGUCACAUGAGAACUCACUCAGGAGAGAGGCCAUUCACCUGCCAGCAGUGUGGAAAUGGUUUCACUCAAAAAGCACACCUUAAAAGUCACAUGAGAACUCACUCAGGAGAGAGGCCAUUCACCUGCCAGCAGUGUGGAAAUGGUUUCACUCAAAAAGCACACCUUAAAAGUCACAUGAGAACUCACUCAGGAGAGAGGCCAUUCACCUGCCAGCAGUGUGGAAACAGUUUUACUCAACAAGGAGCCCUUAAUAAUCACAUGAGAGCUCACUCUGGAGAGAGGCCAUUCCCCUGCCAACAGUGUGGAAAGAGUUUUACUCAACAAGGAGCCCUUAAUAAUCACAUGAAAACUCACUCAGGAGAGAAGCCUUACACCUGCCAGCAGUGUGGGAAGAGUUUCACUCAAAAAGCAAACCUUCAAAGUCACAUGAGAACUCACUCAGGAGAGAAGCCUUACGCUUGCCGUCAGUGUGGAAAGAGUUUCACACAUUUAUACUCCCUUCAUUUCCACAUGAGUAUUCACACUGGAGAGAAGCCUUACACAUGCGAACAGUGUGGAAAGAGUUUCCCUGCAAAACAAAGCCUUAAAGGACACAUGAGAGUUCACACCGGAGAGAAGCCUUACUCUUGCGAGUAUUGUGGGAAGAGUUUCACACAUAUAUACACCCGUAAUUACCACAUGAGAAUUCACACUGGAAAGCAGCUGUUCACAUGUGAUCGUUGUGGAAAGAACCUUGCAACAGAAUUUAGCCUUAAGUGUCACAAGAUUAGGCACACUGGAAAGAAACCCUUCAAAUGUGAUCAGUGUGGAAGGGGUUUUGUACGUAAGAUAAGCCUUAAUUACCACAUGAAGACUCAUUCAGCAGUGAAAUGCUGUAAAUGUGCUCAGUGUGGAAAGAGUUUCAGUCAUAAAGCUAGCCUCAGUGCUCACAUUAAUAAACACAGGAAGCCUGUGGGAAGAGCAUCCCACAAAUAGAAAAUCUUAAUAUUCACAUGAAAUAUGUGUGGAAUUAUGUGAAGAAACCCACAUGAGAUUUCACUCUAUUCUAUUUUAUACUCUAACUAUUUCAUAUGCCAUCAUUGUGCAAAGUGUUUCACAGUCAAAGGAAACCUGAAGACUCAUAUAGGAGUACACGCUGGAGAGAGGCCUUUCAAGAUCAUUCUGGAAAUAAAGUGUGACUGUGACGAGGUUUACCAUUUCAAAAAUCGGCAACAUAUUCAUUCUGGAGGAAGCCAUGAAGCACCUUCAUAGCCAUGUCUUUUAUUUGUAUUCUUCACUUUUUAAUACUUGUCUUGAGGCUUUUUUAUAUAUAUAUAUAUAUAUAUAUAUAUGUAUGAUCUCCUGUAUCCACACCUAAUGUUCCAGAUAUUACAGUAGACGCACUCUAAUUUCGAUUGUAUGGAGACAUUGUGCCAUUCCGUUUACUGGUAUCUUGGAAUCUAAAUAUUAUAUUUCUGUUUUCCUGCAAAAUGCCACAAUGUAACUAAAUGAUUCUAAAUAAAAUGGCGAACUGCAUGAAGUAAUUAACAUUGCAUUGAACUAUUUGUGACGUCCCAGGACCUAUAUAAGUGGGAGUGUCUCUUUUGUGCAUGUGCUCGGUUUGUGUUGUUUUGCUUUUCUCUCUCUCAAACGCUGAUGAGGACUAACAGGUGGAGUUCAAUUAGUUGAUGAUUCUGCUGAUGACUGCACUAUCCUGAUUGGCCCACUAGAGGAAAUGUUUGGAGUUAAAAGGCAGAGCUGAGAUGCUUGGAGCAAGAGUCCCUUUUGCUGACUUCUCUUUUGUUUGUGGUUCACUUGUUGUUGACAAAAAUGUGUUAAACGAUCUUUAAUCCUCUUUUGGGAGGAUUUCUUUAUUUGUUAAGAACAAGUUUUUUUAAUUUUUUUUAUUAGUUUUUUUUUUUUUGGGUGGGAAGCUGUAGGGAGGUGGUUGCCACUUAUUUUGACCACUUUUUCUCGUGUUUAAGGAAAGCAAGGGAGUUAGAGUAUUAUUUUGUAUUGUUUUUUCUUUUAUUUGUUAGAUUAGGUAGAUUGUUUUUGGGAGUUAGUAUGUUCUGUUUAUUAUGUUGGCCUUGACCCCUCCUGAAGUUCUGUUUGCUUGUUCAAUAAAUUUUAUUCUGUUUUGUAUCGAUUAUGGUGUUGCGUGUGAGUCAGUAGAAGGGGAAAGAUCCUCCAUUUCUCCACCACUUUCUUUAUUACUCUUUCCCAUCCCUACCUUCAUAGCCAUGUCUUUUAUUUGUAUUCUUCACUUUUUAAUACUUGU